AUGUCAAGAAAAUCUGAACUUACCGACAAACCAGGAUUUUCUUACUUCAUGUCCACAUCAUGUGAAAAUUGGGAUGCGCUGGAAUAUUAUGAGGAAUGGUGUGCGGCCAAACAUCCUAUUAGCAAAUCAAAAUUUUGCGUUAGCAAUCACGCGACAGAUAGAGUGGUACUGGCUUUAGUUACGGUUAAUAUGGCGGUUGUGACAGGAAUCACGAGGGAAUACGUUUCGCCCGUGUAUGGAAUACGAGGGUUGAAGCCUGGUGGGUACAUCAAUGAUUUUUGGAUCAAAAUUGAUCUGGAAAAAAACGCGGACAUAAAAGAGGCCGAGGUUUCUGCGAGAAUUCGUGAAAUACAGGCAGGCAAAGAUUUGCUUCUGAAUGGGAGAUCCCUUGGUGUCUUGGAAGAGACGAUAGUGGAACAUAAGGAAGCAUCAGGGAUAUUGACCGGCUUUGCUCAUUCCGAACACAAUACCAGAAAGAGAAGAAAGCAUGGAUAUGAUACACCGUCGCCACGUAGCCCAGCAUUAAACAAUUCACCGGUAGAACCUCCAAUGCUCAUCAAUAAUAUCGAUAAUCCGUUCUUUGAGGAGGAUGACCACAUUAUAGCAAUUGAUGAUAUCCCAUGUGAACUAUCUUUUGAGCAUGGAGAUUCAGCUAGCGAUUUUUUUUUAGGAGAGACCAAUGUGUCUCAAUUAUCCGGAAGUUUAUUUGUUGAGUCGAAUGUUCACGAAAUAUUAUCACUGUCAAUUUUAAUGCUCGCUCCAAAUUCACAUUCAAACCUAAUGAUCGAUCUUUUUGGCUCGCCUUUACUCGAUCUAAUUCAUCAAGAACUUAUGCCUACGCAACAAAUUGUAUUGGAUCCUAAAUGCGAGUCAACAUUUAGAGAGGCCAUUAAGAUGGCAACAAAAAGUCGUGUGAUGAUGCCACGAAACGUUGCCCAUGUUGAAAAUAAGAACGAACAUAGCGAAACAACGCAUAUUACAAAUUAUCUUGACCGAAUUAUGAGAGGAUUCUUUGAUAAUCCGAACCAGCACAUUGUUCCAUGGCCCAACACGGCUCUAGAAAGAUUGAAGGCCGAAAAAGACAACGUCUACAAGAAUUGUAAUGACCUCAUCCGUCUCGGUGUUUUUAUGAAAGACUGUCAAGAUUCGGCUAUAGAUAAAGGCGCUGAUAUAAAAGUAAUAGGCUUUCAAUGUAUUGACUAUAAAAUUGACUAUUACAUUAUGGAUCUCGUUCGUGGGAUAUAUACUAUGGUCUACAUUGGCCAAGUGACAAUUCCAGCUUCAAUUAAAGAAAUGUCAGCUUUUGUUGAUGAAAUGGAAACGCUUCUAAAAAUACAAGAGAUCUUUCUCAAAUCAUUUAAUACUUUAUAUGUUAAACUCUGUAUUCCAAGUCCGCCAUCAAAAAAAGUAACAUUCAAACGGGACACUCUUUACACUCCCAAAUUUAGGCAACUUGUGAGCAAGACACGCAACUGUCACAGAAGCUGUCCAUUUUGGUUUGGACGUUUUUAG